UAGAACAGGAGAAAGGAAAGGAAGCCAGGAAAAGCAAGGAUGGACAAGGGAAAAGAAUGAAGAGGACAGGAUAGAGGAGGGAAAAGGCAUGAUGGAAGAAAGAAAGACUGGAAGAAGGGAAAGGAGGGAUAAAGUUGAGGGAAGGAAAAGAGGGCUGGAACUGAUAGAGGUAAGAAAAGGAAGGGUGGAGGAGGGGGAAGACAGGUCAGUGCUGUGUGAGUGAGGGGGGUGGCGGGUGUCAGUCACAGAAUGGCAGCGAUUGGCCAACUGCCUAGUACCACACCUUUAUUUUCCAGUGAGCAAGUGACUUGUCCAAGGUCACAAGGGUAGUAAGGAGCAGGGCUAUAAUUCUGACCGAGGUUAGCCAAUAGGACUCUUUACAAGAGCACGUUGCGCAGUGGGCCACAGGAAGACACUCCGGACUGUAGUGGGAGGACCGGUUCGGGGGUUUGGGGCCCAGGUAGGAGCCGCGGCUUUGUUGGGGAGACGCAGCGCGGAGCCCCCGGCCCCAGGCCCCCGGCCCGGACUGCUCGGAGAUAUUCGGCUGCUGCUGCAGCUGUGCCCUCGCGUGCACUCGGACGCCGGGGUCCCCCGCGCAGUAGCAGGAGUGGGCGGCGGCGGCCCGGGACUGGCCAUGCCGGGAGAACAGGAGGAAGAGGAGGAGGAGGAGGAGGAAGAGAGAGAGAUGCAAGAGGAGAUGGUGCUGCUGGUAAAGGGCGAGGAAGAAGAGGGUGAGGAGAAAUAUGAAGUGGUCAAGCUGAAGAUUCCAAUGGAUGGCAAGGAGAUUCCAGGCACAGCCCCUGAGCCUCCAGCAGACCCGGCCCGGCCCCACGCCUGUCCCGAAUGUGGCCGUGCCUUUGCCCGCCGCUCUACCUUGGCCAAGCAUGCUCGCACCCACACUGGCGAGCGUCCGUUUCCUUGCCCCGAGUGUGGGCGCCGCUUCUCCCAGAAAUCCGCACUCACCAAGCACGGCCGCACCCACACGGGCGAACGGCCCUAUGCGUGUCCUGAGUGCGAAAAGCGCUUUUCGGCCGCCUCGAAUCUACGGCAGCACCGGCGCCGGCACACGGGCGAGAAGCCCUACGCCUGCCCCCAGUGCGGGCGUCGGUUUGCCCAGAGCUCCAACUACGCCCAGCAUCUCCGCGUGCACACCGGCGAGAAGCCGUACACCUGCCCAGACUGCGGGCGCGGCUUCGGGGGCAGCUCCUGCCUAGCGCGGCACAGGCGCACCCACACGGGCGAGCGGCCCUACUCCUGCCCCGAGUGCGGAACGAGGUUUGCCCAGAGCUCGGCCUUGGCCAAGCACCGCCGGGUGCACACCGGCGAGAAGCCCCACCGCUGCCAGGUGUGCGGCCGGGGCUUCGGGCACCGCUCCAACCUGGCGGAGCACGCCCGCACCCACACGGGCGAGCGGCCCUACCCCUGCCCUGAGUGCGGCCGCCGCUUUCGCCUCAGCUCCCACUUCAUCCGCCACCGAAGGGCCCACCUGAGGAGGAGGCUGUACAUCUGCGAGGGCUGCGGCCGAGGCUUCAAGCUGGCGGCCGGCGUGGGGAGAGUCGGGGGCAACGAGAGAACCGACCGGUGCCCUGAGUGCGAGGGGAGCUGAGGGCAGAGAAACUGGGGGGGUGGCACCUGUGUCCCCUGGGAAGGGGUGGGGAAGGGGCAGGAGAGAAGCCCCCACUCCCAGGGAGAGGGAGCAGGGAGGCAGGUUCCUCUCCACUGAGUGGGAGAACUUCGGGAGAAGUUCCUGCAACUGUCAGAGGAAGAGGAUGUCAAAAGCAGUACGCCAUCUCCAGAAGGCCACGAGGGUUUCCAAGGGAGCGGAGCCGCCGCCAUGGGCCCCUGACCUCCAGCCCUGCCUGCCUGGGCCCUCCCCUUCCUUCUCACUGAGUCUUUUGCUCCUUACUCUGCAAAUGUAGAAUUUAAGGGAGAAGGGUGGGAACCAGUUUGAGGAAAGAACUGGGGACCCCUAAGCCAAGGGCUCCCAGGGAUGCUUCCAGCUUGGGGGGGAGGAGGAGGAGGGCAGGGGCCUGUGUUACUGAGGAACUAGCCCCCUCCCACGUCCCACACGCCGUGGGCCUGUGUUUAUGAAUAAAGUAUUAUCCUCCUGUUA